CUCUCUUUACUCUCUUCCUGUCCCCUCUUCUCUACAGUCUCUGAGUUCUCUCUCUAGAUUUUCUCUCUCUUUCUCGGUAAUUGUUUGUUCGGGCAUGGCCGCCGAAGAGUCCAACAAUCCGCCAACCCAACCCGAGCCUCAACCAGGCGCCGCUCCUUCGUCUCUUCCUCAGUACCCAGAGCUGAUUCUAGCUGCGAUUGAAGCUCUGGGAGACAAGAACGGGUCGAACAAGUCGGCGAUAUCGAAGCAAAUCGAGGCCACCUACGGCGAGCUGCCGGCGGCGCACUCGACACUGCUGUCCCACCAUUUGAACAAGAUGAAGCAGAGUGGUCAGCUUGUGAUGAUGAAGAACAAUUACAUGAAGCCCGAUCCGAGUGCCCCGCCCCGCCGCGGCCGGGGCCGCCCGCCCAAGCCCAAGGUUCCUCUCCCACCCGGCACGGUGGUUCCACCGCCUCGGCCCCGCGGCCGGCCGCCGAAAUCCCGAGAUCCCCUGGGCCCACCCUCUCCGCCCAAGAAAAAGCCACCGUCUUCCGGCACCGGCCGCAAGCGUGGCCGGCCGCCGAAGAAGGCAAAGACCGCAGACGCCGACGGUGGCGCAGCUCCGGCGGGUGGCGCGCCGAGGGGCAGAGGCCGGCCUCCGAAGGUCAAGCCUGCUGUCACUGCUCCGGUAGAGUGCUGAUAGAGAUCAGAAGAGUACCGAAUUUGUAACCAAAUGGCUGGUGACAAUGUUGGUCAAUUAAGGUUUGGAGUUCGAAUCUCCUGAAUUUUAGUGUUUUUCAUUAGGUAUCGGGUGAUAAAGAGUAGGAUUAGGGGCGUUAGCGCUAAUUGUUGCGUCUUUUUUCUUUUUCUUUUCUUAAUCUCAUGAGUGUGUUGUAACUUGUAAGAUUAGUGUUAGGUUGGGGUGGAUUUGGAGGGGACUGUUAUCUCCUGUAAUUUGCACUGUAAAUUUAAUUAUGCAGAGCCGUUGAGGCUUUUAUGGCCUCUUCAAUUUCUCC